AAAGACAAAAGUCACCGAAGAACCAACCAAACAAAAAGAGACGAAAGUUUUAAAACUUCUGUCUAAAUGUCUCUCUCUUUUUAAGUUGUCGCCUUCUCGCAUAUGAUUCUUCUUCUUCCUCCUGGAGAUGACAAGACCAGAGAUAGAGAUUCUAUCAGACCGAUUAUAACUGCUGUUUUUUUUUCUGGGCUUUCCUUCAGGUUUCAUCACUUCAAGUAAAAAACUUACUUUGCUUUUGGUUUCAUAUCAUGGUUUCCGCGGGAAAAGUUCUCCCUCCCUUUUGAUGCAAAAGACGAGAAGAAAGUUGAGGAAAAAUGAAUACAACAACUUCAUCACAUUUUGUACCACCGACAAGGUUUGGAAUAUACGACCCUCUCAACCAAAUAGGUACUAUGUGGGAAGAAAGCUUCAAGAACAAUGGAGGCUUCUACACUCCUAACUCUAUCAUCAUCCCUACUAACGAAAAACCAGACAGCUUGUCGGAGGAUGGAACAGAAGGAACUCCUCACAAGUUUGACCAAGAGGCUUCCACGUCUAGACAUCCUGAUAAGACACAAAGACGGCUUGCACAGAAUCGCGAGGCAGCUAGGAAAAGUCGUCUGCGCAAGAAAGCUUAUGUUCAGCAGCUAGAGACAAGCCGAUUGAAGCUAAUUCACUUAGAGCAAGAACUUGAUCGUGCUAGACAACAGGGUUUCUAUGCGAGUAACCGUGUCGAUACUAAUCCUCUUGGCUUCUCAGACAACAUGAACUCAGGGAUUGUUGCAUUUGAGAUGGAGUAUGGACACUGGGUGAAAGAACAGAACAGGCAGAUACACGAGCUAAGAACGGUUUUAAACGGACAAGUUAGCGAUGUAGAGCUUCGUUUGCUAGUUGACAAUGCCAUGAAACAUUACUUUCAACUCUACCGAAUGAAGUCAGCAGCUGCAAAGCUAGAUGUCUUUUACAUCAUGUCUGGAAUGUGGAAAACUUCAGCAGAGCGGUUUUUCUUGUGGAUUGGUGGGUUUAGACCCUCUGAGCUUCUCAAGGUUCUGUUACCGCAUUUUGAUCCUAUGAUGGAUCAACAAGUAUUGGAUGUAUGUAACUUGAGGCAGUCAUGUCAACAAGCGGAAGAUGCAGUAUCUCAAGGUAUGGAGAAACUGCAACAUACGUUAGCAGAGAGUGUAGCAGCUGGUGAACUCGGUGAAGGAAGUUAUGUUCCUCAAAUAACUUGUGCUAUGGAGAGAUUGGAGGCUUUGGUCAGCUUUGUUAAUCAGGCUGAUCAUCUGAGACAUGAGACAUUGCAACAGAUGCAUCGGAUCUUAACCACGAGACAAGCGGCUAGGGGAUUGUUAGCAUUAGGUGAAUAUUUCCAACGGCUUAGAGCUUUAAGCUCCAGUUGGGAAACUCGGCAACGUGAACCAACAUAA